AUGGCUGAAGCAUUGUUGUCUCUCCGCAUUAUAAAAACCAUCAUAGGCCUGCUGGGAAUCUUCAACAAUGGCCUGGUUAUUGUAGUCAUAGCCAAGGUAGAUUUCAUGCACUCGAUGACCAAUGCCUUCAUCUGCCAUCAAGCUAUCAUCGAUUUCAUCGGGUCCCUGUUGCUCUUCCUUCAGAGCAACAUCCCUAUACCGACCCCAGUCCCUGAGACGGCUGCCGGUGAGCUCCUUUGCCGAGUUUGGAUCGGAGAUGCGUUGCUGUGGCUCCUCUUCGCCACCUCCACGUUCAACUUACUCGGGCUGACCUUAGAGCGAUACAUCGCCAUUGUUUUCCCCUUUCGCUACCAUUGCUUCUUCAGCCGACGCCCAGCCACUCUUAUGUUCAUCUUCAGCUGGGUCAUCGGGCUCCUUCUCAAGUCUUACUCCUUCAUCAUCUACACCGUCGUGGAGGGAGUCUGUAAGUUCCAGCGCGUCUCUGUCUCCCACGUCAUGGGUCCGCUCCUCAUCGUCUUGCAGUAUUUCAUCCCAGCCGGUGUGAUGUUGUUCUGUUACAUCCAUAUCACAAUCUCACUCAAGAGAGGCGCGCUAAGAGUCGCCCCCGUCCCAGCCCCUCUCAGCCUCAAGACAGCUCCAUCAGGUGUCACCGCAUCAACGGCCACUUCAGGAAUCGAUGCGGCCGGCUCCAUCGAUCCUGGAGCGUCCAGUGCCGUCAAAGCUGAAGAUCCUGAAGCAGGUAGCUCCACUCAUCGCCACCCAGUCAACGACCAGCAAGAUUCCCUCCUCCGUGCCCGCCGUAACACCUUCAAGACGCUGGUCAUCGUCUUUGCCGUUUUCCUGAUUUGUUGGAGUCCAAGCCAGAUCACAUUCUUCAUGUUCAACCUGGGUUGGCUCAAACUGGACUUCUCUGGCCCGCUGAAUGUCUUCAGUACAUUCAUGGUGGCUGCUAAUUGCUGUGUUAAUCCAAUCAUUUACUGCAUCAAGUAUAAGCAAUUCCAGCGAGGCGUUAGGUAUCUGUUUUGUGGUCGUAGAGAGCGCGAUCAGUUUCCUAGACCAUGA